ACUGGUUUUCACUGAGUUACAUGCCACCAGGAACUGCUGAGUAUUUCUGAGUCCUAUCACCCUGCAGCUCACUACUUUUCCUUGAUUUGGAAGACCAUGGAAUAUCUGCUUGAAUCCUGGAUGUAUUUCCUCCACACGCAUCUUGCUUCCUGAAAUUUCCUCUGGUGUUGAAGGAAAGCUAAGAGAAUGAAGGCUCUACGUCCGCAGUGGAAGCAUGAUAUGGCGGAGCAGAGCUGGUGUUGAAUUGUUCUCUCUGAUGGCUCUAUGGGAGUGGAUAGCACUGAGUCUUCAUUGCUGGGUUUUAGCGGUUGCUGCUGUUUCGGACCAGCAUGCCACAAGCCCUUUCGAUUGGCUCCUCUCUGAUAAGGGACCUUUUCAUCGCUCACAGGAAUACACAGAUUUUGUCGACCGAAGCCGGCAGGGAUUUAGCACACGUUACAAGAUAUACAGGGAGUUUGGCCGCUGGAAAGUAAAUAACCUUGCAGUUGAGAGAAGAAAUUUCCUUGGCUCUCCUCUGCCUCUUGCCCCUGAAUUCUUCCGCAACAUACGACUUUUGGGACGUCGACCCACCCUUCAGCAAAUCACAGAAAACCUUAUCAAGAAAUAUGGGACUCAUUUCUUGCUAUCUGCUACUCUGGGAGGAGAGGAGUCACUCACAAUUUUUGUGGACAAGCGGAAGCUGAGCAGGCGAUCUGAAGGGCCUGAUUCCAGCGCCAACAGCUCCUCCGUUACUCUGGAGACUCUCCACCAGCUAGCGGCCUCCUAUUUCAUUGACCGGGACAGCACCCUGCGGAGGCUUCACCACAUACAGAUAGCAUCCACUGCCAUCAAGGUAACAGAAACGCGGACGGGGCCUCUUGGUUGCAGUAACUAUGACAACCUUGAUUCUGUCAGUUCGGUUCUGGUUCAGAGUCCAGAGAACAAGAUUCAGUUACAAGGGCUUCAAGUGCUCCUUCCAGACUACCUUCAGGAACGUUUUGUGCAAGCAGCAUUGAGCUACAUCGCUUGUAAUUCAGAGGGAGAGUUUAUCUGUAAGGACAACGAUUGCUGGUGCCAAUGUGGCCCCAAGUUUCCGGAAUGCAACUGCCCCUCCAUGGACAUUCAAGCCAUGGAAGAGAAUCUUCUUCGAAUAACUGAAACAUGGAAAGCCUACAACAUUGACUUUGAAGAAUCUGAUGAAUUCAAGUUCUUCAUGAAGAGGCUGCCCGUGCAUUACUUCCUCAACGCCUCUGCCGUCCUGCACUUGUGGACAAUGGAUUCUAAUUUUCAGCGUCGCUAUGAACAGUUGGAAAGCAGCAUGAAGCAACUUUUUCUGAAGGCACAGAGGAUUGUACACAAACUCUUCAGCCUUAGUAAGAGGUGCCACAAACAGCCCCUCAUCAGCCUGCCAAGACAAAGAACCUCCACCUACUGGCUCACUCGUAUCCAGUCUUUUCUCUACUGCAAUGAGAAUGGCCUCCUGGGCAGCUUUUCAGAAGAAACGCAUUCGUGCACCUGUCCAAACGACCAGGUGGUCUGCACCUCCUUCCUACCCUGCACGGUGGGCGACGCCUCUGCCUGUCUGACCUGCGCCCCGGACAACCGCACCCGCUGUGGCACCUGUAACACAGGCUACAUGCUGAGCCAGGGCCUCUGCAAGCCCGAAGUGGCCGAGUCCACCGACCACUACAUCGGCUUUGAGACUGACCUGCAAGACCUCGAGAUGAAAUAUCUGCUGCAGAAAGCUGAUAGGCGAAUAGAAGUGCAUGCCAUUUUCAUCAGCAACGACAUGCGUCUCAACAGCUGGUUUGACCCCUCUUGGCGUAAGAGGAUGCUCCUCACCCUGAAGAGUAACAAGUACAAGUCAAGCCUGGUCCAUAUGAUUCUGGGUCUCUCCUUACAGAUUUGUUUGACUAAAAACAGCACGUUGGAGCCCGUGUUGGCUGUGUAUGUCAAUCCCUUCGGUGGCAGCCACUCGGAGAGCUGGUUUAUGCCUGUGAAUGAAAACAGCUUUCCAGACUGGGAGCGGACUAAAUUGGACCUCCCUCUGCAGUGCUAUAACUGGACACUUACCUUGGGCAACAAAUGGAAGACAUUUUUUGAGACAGUCCAUAUCUACCUGAGGAGUCGCAUCAAGUCCAGUGGUCCCAAUGGCAACGAGAGCGUGUACUAUGAACCUCUGGAGUUUAUUGACCCUUCUCGGAACCUGGGCUACAUGAAAAUCAACAACAUUCAAGUGUUUGGUUACAGCAUGCACUUUGACCCGGAAGCAAUUCGGGACCUGAUCUUGCAGCUGGACUACCCCUACACUCAGGGAUCCCAGGACUCAGCGCUUUUGCAGCUCCUAGAGAUAAGAGACCGUGUAAAUAAACUCUCCCCACCUGGUCAGCGUCUUCUAGAUCUUUUCUCUUGCUUGCUUCGUCAUAGACUCAAGCUGUCUACUAGUGAAGUGGUGAGGAUCCAAUCUGCUCUGCAGGCGUUUAAUGCCAAAUUGCCAAACACAGUGGACUAUGACACGACCAAAUUAUGUAGUUAACUAUAAAUGUCAAGCACAACCCAAAACCUUGAAGGAGUUUUUAACAGUGCUUUUGUGGAACAGUUUAUGUUUGGAAGAGUAAAUUUAAAUUGUCUUUUCAAUAUCUGUCUUAUAUCAGUCAAAUUAACAUUGGAUGGCAAUUUACACACAUGAACUUUGCUGACAAUGAAUAUAUUAUACCGCAGUUUUGGUUUAUGAAUGAAAUAAAUACUGACACCAGUCUAGAAGACAUUCUACUUUUUACAAUAAAUUUCAUUUGUAAUUUUA